GAAAUUCAGAUAUGGAGAAACAGAUUCUUGAUUAUGUAUUGGUUCCGGUAGGGCUUGUAGUGAUGGUGGGUUAUCAUUUGUGGCUGCUCCGCCAGAUCAUCCGCCGUCCCGCCACCACCGUCCUCGGCAUCAACUCCAUCAACCGCCGCCUGUGGGUUAGAGCCAUGAUGGAGGACACGUCGAAAAACGGCGUACUGGCUGUCCAAACACUUCGAAACAACAUAAUGGCGUCAACCCUACUAGCGUCAACGGCGAUCAUGCUCAGCUCCGUGAUCGCCGUCUUGAUGUCCGGUGGCACCUCCGGACACCGUCCGAUCGGUGAGGUUUACGGGGACAACAGCAAGCUAGGGUUCUCGAUAAAAUUCUUCUCAAUAAUGGUGUGCUUCUUAGGGGCUUUCUUGCUCAACGUGCAGUCGAUAAGAUACUACAGCCAUGCGAGCAUGCUGAUAAACGUGCCGAGCAAUAUCCACCGGAGAUCGAAGAUGGGGUCGAAGGAUUGCGUGACGACAGCGGAAGAGUACGUGUGGAUGACGGUGAAUCGGGGGAGUUAUUUCUGGUCGCUUGGCCUUAGAGCAUUCUACUUGUCGUUCCCGCUAUUUUUGUGGAUAUUCGGACCGAUUCCGAUGUUUGUGUGCUGUGUUUUGAUGGUGUUCUUGCUCUAUUUUCUUGAUGUCACGUUUCAUUUUGGAAGUGUUUUCUCUGCUAAUUCUCUGCAUGAAGAAGAAGAUGGCCUGGUUAAUGUUUAGUUAGUUAAUUACUAUUUACUAGUGUUUAAUUAUUAAUUGUGGGACUAAUUUAGAAAUAAUUAGUAACAGAUGAUUAAGUAAAGGGCAAGAUGGAUUCAAUACAAGUUGAG